CGGCAGAUUCCAGCUCGGCCGUGUGAGUAGCGGACGCCCCACGCCUCGGCUUUUAUCUACUUUGGUGGAUUUUUCCUAACGAGGGGCGAUGAAAGGUGGUGACUGAAGCAGCGGUCCUCCUAAACCGAAGUCUGUGAGACGUCACAAGUUUCACAGGACAAAAACUUCAAAAUGAGUCUCAAAGAAGACCCUUCCUGUGAAAACCACCAGGAGACUGAAGACGAGGAACUGGACCCUGAGCACUUCUACGGUAAAGAUGUCUUAUUGAAAGAUUUCCAGAAGACUAGCCAUGCGGAGAAAAGGACCACUUUGUAUCUGUGCAAAGAAGACUUCAGUCAGUUCAAAGAGGGUCAUCCAAGGAUGAACCAGCCGGAGAAGCUGAUCCGCCCUCUGACUCUUCUCAGACAGGACUUCAAUCAUUUCAAAGAAGACCUUUCCAGUGUUUUCAGAAUACGUCAUUCAAAAGAACGAGACCAUGAAGACGUUACAGUGAAGGACGUCUCCUCCAGCCCCUCCAGGACCAAAACCUCCAAAACCGAGAGAACAGACGAGCCUCCUAAGAGUCUGUUCAGAAGAGACAAAAGUUCUCUAAAAACAUCUCACAAAGUAAAAAGCAGGAAAUUCAGAAAGGGUAAGGGCAACCAGCUGGACGUCAACGCUUCUGACGACAAGAAUGAGACGAAAAACCCUUUCACUCAAAUCGAACAAGAUGAUUUGAGUGAUGACUGCUCUGCGGAAGACGAACCUUCAAAAACUCAACGGUCCCGUGGAAUCACUUUAUUCAGUCUCAGAGAUGAUAAUGAGGUGAACCUGGGGGAUCCGCCAGCCGCAGACCUGUGGUCAGUGAAACGCUUUGCCUGCUAUUUGACCUUUGACCCCAACACGGCCAACUCGGAGCUCCACCUUUCAGAGGGAAACCGGAGGGCGACCCGUGUCUGGAAGGAGCAUCACCUCCCAGAACACCCGGAGCGGUUCGGCCACUGUCCUCAGGUGCUGUGCAGGGAGGGGUUGCUGGACCCGGCGUACUGGGAGGUGGACUGGACCGGCGGUGCCGACGUCGGCGUCACCUACAACAGCAUCUCCAGAGACGGGGGCGUGGAGAGCUGCCUGCUGGGACACGCCGAGUGCUCCUGGAGCCUGGAGUGCUCUGAGGGUUGCUACACACCCUGCCACAACGGGAGGAGGUUCAAGUCCUCGUCGCCGGAGCCGUUCACUCGCAGGGUCGGGGUCUACCUCAACCCGCCUGCCGGAUCUCUGUCCUUCUACUGCGUCUCUCCAGACACCGUGGUCCACCUGCACACCUUCACCUGCACCUUCACUGAGCCGCUGUACCCGGGUUUCUGGGCGUGGGCCUACGACGGCUCGGUGUCGCUGUGCCAGGUGGAGCUGGACUGGGAGCGACUGGGUAUUAGCAUGGAGAGGCUAGCCAUUAGCAUGGCUGAACCAGAGACCAUAGACAUUUAUACGUAGACGCCUCAUAGACUGACGCUGCCUAUUGGAGCUGACGUUCAGUGCGGCCGCCAUCUUGGAUGGGUCUCCAAUUCGCCCCCAGUGCAUUUAUUUCUACUGAGGAAGGUUUUAUCCCCGACUACAAUCAUCCAUAACUCCCCGAAUCUUUACCCGAUCUUCGAUUUUUUUUUGGUUUGUUACAAACGGCAGAGAUUUAGUUAUGAUACAGGACGCUGUCACACAUUAAAAAUACGUACUUCUAUGCUGAAAGAGUUUGUAACAAAGACAUAUGGUAUGGCAUAUUGAUAAAUGUAUAAAUUCAUUUUAAUGUUAUUAAUUUUCCUUAAUUUUAUAUUUUAAUAAAGAAACAAGUUUGAUUGUUCAUUUGAAUUUGAGUCAUGAGCUGUCAUUAGGCCAUUAUGUGAAAUUUCUAUACAUAUAAUUUCAUUCUGUAACACACAUACAAGCUCCCAUAUAUACUGUAACAGCUCAGUACAUUUUUUAAUCAGAAAAAACCCCAGCACCCAAACAGUGGAUCAAUGAACUUGCAUCAUAUAGCACUCCAGAAAAAAUACUGUAUUCUGUUAGAAAAAAACUUUGACCUUAUUUAGGGACCCUUUUUUUGAAAUUUUUGCCUUUAUUGGACUAGCUAAUGAUCUGAAUCAUCUACUGCAUUAAUGAAUGUGUUUUUCAGGUCUUGAUUAUUUCUUUAUUAUGCAUUUGCUCCAGUAUUGUUAUGCAUAUGUGAAAAUAAGCUAAAUGAUUUUGAAUGAUGUAAUGUACUGACCAUAUGAGGGAGGGAAGGGGAGAGGGGUGUGUUGUAGUAUUUUUUUUUUUUUUUCUUAUUAAUAUUAUUCAUUUAUUUUUGUUUAAUUAUUGUUAUGAUGUGUUAAAAAAGGGGGAAAUAUUGAUAUUUCUAUUGUUAUUGUAAAUCUUAUUUUUUUUUCUCUUAUUGCCCUCAAUAAAUAUAUCUAUAAAAAAAAAAAAAAAAUCCACGUCAUUCAAGGGUCUUAUACUACCCUGUUAGGCUUGCAACUGGGGCUGGGGAGCUAAAACCCUUGAAAAAGAACUGUUUUGCAGUUUCUUGCGUGUGCUGGCACUCUGUAACUCCAGUGUAGUUAAUUUUGCCUGGACCCAUCCAAGAUGGCGGUGACGCUGGAUUACGUUCCAGCAUGUCAUGAGGUGUCUACGUAUAUAUGUCUAUGCCAGAGACCCACUGACCUAAACGCUCAUUUGGUGCACUAACCUUCAAAGAAGUGCUGCAGGUUUCCUUGAAAAACAAGUUUUUUUUAACUUUUCUUUUCAGGUCAAUGGUUAUUUUGAUUUAGGUAAAGAAGCGUCCUUGUUACGUGUCCUCUGAGGACGUCCAGUCAGAAAGACCUGCGUAUUUAAUU